AUGAGCAACGUUCAGACUGUCCCACCUUCCUGGAAGGAUCUUGGCAAGCUGGCCAACGACACCCUUGGCAAGGACCUGUGCGUAUAUGCAUCAAUCACAACGUGGGAUCACACAGCUGGCAGUUGUUCGGGAGUGUCAAUCGAGCGCUGGGUGGCCGAAAGCGUCUGCAUAGCAUCCUUGAUGAGGCUAGUCGGCGCUUCUAUAGGCUGGAGAGAGCUUGCUCAGAGUCUGUAGAGGUCGCGGGGUGGCUCCCAAAACGAUGCAGCGUACUCGCGCUGCACAUGAGACCGGCUACGAGAUUCAAAAGGGCACACGAGUGAAGGGCUGACUCUCGAUGUUCUUGCUAUGCAUCUUCACCAUAGGCCAAUCCACGGAAGCAACCUUGAGGUGAAGACUAAGGCACCGAACGGCGUUCAAUUCCGAGUGCUUGGUAACCGCGAUGCCAAGAGCGGCAACAUCAACGGAGACCUCGAGGCUAAGUGGUCCGACAAGAAGAGCGGCAUCACCUUCACCCAAGCUUGGCUCACCAGCAAUGUUCUGAGGAACCACGUGGAGUGAGUGCAAAGACGUGGCACGCAUUCACGCCUUCACAGCUCAAAUUCAACUUGCACCACUCUUUAUUACAGAUUGGAGAACCAGAUCGCCAAGGGUCUCAAGCUUGAGCUGGUUUCCACUCUCAUUCCAGAGAAGCAAGCGAAGAACUUCCUGCUUACCUCGACCUACAAGAUGCCAGGCCUGCACACUCGCCAACACUUGGAUCUUCUCAAGGUAAGCGCCAGGGCGCGUCUGAACCUAGAUCCGAAUGUAGAACGUGGCAACGCCAGAGGACGCAGCGAGAUGGGAGCCGAGACGAGAGCUUCCGCUGCAUCGGCUUCACACGAGGCUCCAGCUACGAACGUAGCUCAGAGCGGCGAAUCACUUUCCAGUGCGAAGUAUGCAGUACCUCUCCUGGGACCUCCCUCGCCCCCAUUCCCGUCGACAUCUGGUACCCAGACUCCUGCGUCGCCGUCGCUCCUCUUGAACAGGGACGAUGAAGACGUUGCUUCGCGAACUCUUGCGGCUGCUUCUGUGCCUUUGCCUCCUUCUCGGCCUGGUUCGCCUACUGGGCCUCGUCGCCCUAUGCGGGAAUUUGUGCCCCCACCCCUCUUCUCCGCACGCUUCAACGGUCGUGCUCGUUGGAGUGGGGUCGGAAGACAUCGAGUAAGAUGGCGCUGCACCCUCAUAGGUGUAGCAGCCUUGGAAGCAGGGGCUAGUGGCGAGGCGAAGCCUGUGCCAGUGAGUGCAAUUGCACUGCAGACACUACAGACACUGCCGCGGCGCGUCAUUCCUUCAUUCUGGCUAGAAGCUGCCGAAGCUUCGACAUAUUUUUACCUCGCGAUUUCCCAGCGCUGCGGUAUUGCUCCCAAUCUUAGUGACGUCACAUCAAGCUGAUUUUCUAGCUCUACUUUGCGUACUCCCAGGGUCCUCAAGUCACUGCCGAUGUUGUUCUCGGCCGUGACGGCUUCCUUCUCGGCUCUGAGGCUGCUUACGACGUUCGCGACGGCAAGCUGUCUCGCUACAACCUCGCGGCUGCCUUCCACGCUCCCGAGUACGCUGUGACUCUGCACGGUCUUGGUAACCUGAGCACCUACCAAGCCAGCUACUACCACCGUGUGAACCAGGACAUCGAGACCAGCGCUCGCGCCACCUAUGAUUCCAAGGCUGUUGCUAGCAACGUCAACCUCGAAGUUGGAACAAAGACAUACCUCGACAACGCCUCGUUCAUCAAGGCCAAGAUCAACAACUCCGGCAUCCUGUGCCUCGGCUACACGCAAGCUCUUGCGUGAGUGUUCAGCUUUUGGUUGCUGCGCACUUCGAUGUGUGUUUUGCUGACUCUUGCUUGCUCCUAUACCCAUCACAGCACUGGCGUCAAGGGCAGCGUCGGUCUCGCUCUCGACACCGUCAAGCUCUCUGACAAUGGAGGUGCCAACGCACACAAGGCAGGCUUCUCUCUUGUCUUCGAGGCCUAA